CCACGAUAUUAGCCAAUGGGAUCGAGGGCAUUCUGGAUCAUUGAAUGGCUCUUUGGUGGCAGGAAGCAAAAUAGAAUCAAGCUGAAGCAACAGAAAAAGCAACAAAAGGAGUUUUUUGAGAAGAGGAAACUUAAAUCCAAAUUUAAACUAAAGGAUGCACCAUUGUCACCUCAACAGAAUUCAUCUGUUAGCUGGGAUCUCCUCACUCUGCAUAUUGUUAACCGAAUAGCUGCAAAGAAAGAACAGAUUGAUGGGCCAAACAAAGUCACACAAGUACAUAUGAAGAAAGAUGCAAAAGUGCCAAUUAGACAACAUGACAUUGAGCUACCAAUGUCUCCCUGCUCCACCCCUUCUCGAAUAUGCCUAGAAGAAAGGAUCAAUGCUGGGGCCGCACUUAUUGACAACAUAAAUGACUUGGAUGAGGGUGAUGAAUUCACUAUAACCAUGUUUGCAGAUGACAUAAAAAGUAGGUUGGAAGGCAAGUAA